UGACCACUUUGAACAUGGUUUCUUUGUAUUGUAUUCGUAGGUAGAUAAUGAAAUGAGAAGACAAGAGCUGGAUUGGUGUGACUCUGAAUACUGAAUAAGAAGUCGACAAGUGGGCAUGUCUUUUUUUGUUGUUUCAGACUUUCCACUAAUUUUCUCUGUGUUUCUUUUCAGGGUGUUUCAAUUCAAUGUUCAUGAUCAUACCCUCUUUAGUCUUAGCCCAUUCCUUAAGCAAUCGAAAGUGAGCUCUUCUUCUUUCCUUCAAAGAUGUCUUAUUUGAAGCACUUUUCAUUUGGGGAAUAGGUUUUCACUGCUACCUGCCUUGCCACUGCUUCCUUAACGCCCAAGCAGUCUCCCGUGGAGCUAGUUUUUUAUUUUUAUUUUUUAUUUUUUUUCCUACUGUUUUAUUGGUUUGUUUGGAAAAUAACAGAGGAACUAAGAGAUCAGUGUGUGAGCAAUCUGGGGGGAGAUGCCGAUCGAACAUUAUCAGCAACCAAUUCCUCUGUUAUUAUCCUCACAUACAGUACAAUGGAGUCCGUACUUUUCAUCAUGAAAAUUCUAGUAAUGAGAGAGUGAAGGCUAGAAUAGGAGGUCAACGAGAGGGACUUAACUUCACAUUGAGCAUUAGGAAAUUCCUAAUCAGUGAUGGCACCAAAUAAAAAAAUUGUAGUUGCAGAUGCAUGCCGUGCAAUGGAGCAGUAUGGCAUUCCCAAAAUUAAAACAAAGGCAGUUAUGAGGGAACUUUUAAAAUUGUAUGGCACUAGUUGGGAGCUCAUUGUUCAAGAGGGGUAUAAAGUCCUAAUUGAUGCUCUAUUUGACAAGCAAGAAGAGGAAGAGAGAGGGAAAUAUAACAAGACAAUUGCUUAUGUGGGGGAGAACUCAAAGGCUGCAAAAUCUAAGGACAAAGAAGUUCCACAUGACAAACCUGAAGUUGAACUUCCAUCAAAAAGAUUGCGCACAAGAAGCCAGAUUAAACAGGCCUUGUCACAAGAGGAGUUCGCCAAAUCUAAUUUGGCAAAAAUUGGGUCAGAGCAGAAAGAUCAGAAUGUUGCUGAUUUUGAUUCGGAUACUGAACUUGAAGAUCCUGCACCUUUAGUGAGGACAAAGUGCUCAAGAAACCAAGAUGAACUGGCUUUGGUGCCAAUGGAUAACCCAGUUUCUCUAGUUGUGGGUGAGGAUGAGCUGUCUUGGACUUAUUGCAUGGCUGAAGCAACUCAGCCACCUGUUUCGGAUGAACAGAGUCACUCAGAGCCUGAAGUCCACCUUUCAACAGACAGAUACCGGAUUAAACAGGAUUUUUUACAAGAGGGGUACUCCAAAUCUUGUUUGCCAAUAACUGCAUCAAAGUCAGAACAUCAUAAUGUUGUUCAUUUGCAUUCAGAUUCAGAUUCUAAAGUUGAAGACCCCGAACCUCUAUUAAGGAGAAAACGCUCAAGACACCAAAAUGAGCGGGCUUUGGUAUCUGUGGAUAACCCAGUUCUUGUAGAUUUGGGCAAGGGUGAACUGUCUCAGAAUUGUUGUAGUGAGGAAGUAGCUGAGGUGACUCAGCCACAUGUUUCAGAUAAGAAAAGUCCCUCAACAUCUGAUUCACAUUUAGCACAGCAAUACUUAAGAAAGGAAGGCAUGACACAAAGUUCACCUGUGGAAAAAACUGAGCUAUCUCAAACUUAUCCUAGGUCUGCAUCACCUCAAUGUGAAGAAAAGAAUUCAAAGAUACUUGAAGCUGAUUGUAGAGACAAUACAUGCAAUUCUGAUGGAGGAAAUGAUCUUACUCCUGCUACUGAUGUGCUUGAUCUGUAUCAUAACAACUCUUUAGAUAUGCUAGGAGGUGAGCGAUUUGUUGAUAACCAGCUGAAGAAUGAGGUUCCCCUUGCUGUGAUCAUUUCAGAUGGUUCUGUGGGUGAAGUUUCCCAAGUUGAAGCAGAUGACUUGAAAUUCCUCAAAACAAAAUCCUUAGACGUGGAAGAUAGAGAUGGCUUGAAAAUCCUGGAAUCAGCAGAGUUAUUGGACAAGGAUAAAGUUGGUAGCGAUCCAGAUUGUUCAAAGUUUAAUAUUGCUUCAUCUCCAAAUGGAGAGGUCAAAAUUGCUUUUCUUUGCAACUCUUCCCAACAGUCUGCAUUCCAUGUUACAAGCGAUGCAGUUUUACAAGUGGCAGAAAAGAGAUUUAUUGAAGCAUAUAGGAUUGGUGAACCCAGCUUCUCUCUGAAAAAGCUGAUGAUAGAAUUGUGCGAAUGCUUUUUGGCAAUGGGCAAUGAUUCCACUCAUGAUGAGCUUUCAGUGUCCAAGAAUUUGCGGCCCUUUCAAAAAUCUGGCGCAGAUGACAUCCUUCUCAGAAAAGAUAACUUUCAAGGAAAUCAUUGCAUUCUUUCGUGUAUUCCAAGUGAGCCAUUUAAAUUUCAAAAUCUUAUUAAGGUUUUACCAGAAAUUCCUAAACCUAUGACCUCUAGUGGAUUAGAAGGUCUUCACUGUGUAAGUCAUUCUAUGGUUAAGGAUAUUGAGAACGUUUGUCAUAGAAAUGAAAAGAGAUUAAAGUUGCUCAUAGACCUUGACUCUAUACAAUUAUGCAACGUUGAGGCAGUUCAGGACUACCACAUUUAUGUUGAUGACAUUGCUAGAGGUGAAGAAAGAGUAAAAGUUACACUGGAGAAUGAAAGAAAUGCUGAUAAUGUGCCAUCCUUUUUGUACAUUUCACGGAAUAUGGUUUAUGAUAAAGCUUGCGUAAAUUUUGCACUUGAUUCGAUAUCUAAUGAAGAUUGUUGCAUAUGUUGUUCUGGGGAUUGUCUAACAUCACCUAUUCCAUGUGCAUGUGCUCGAAAAACGGGGGGUGGGUUUGCGUAUACUCCAGGAGGAUUACUGAAGGAGAAGUUUCUGGAAGAAUGUAUAUCUGUGAAUCAGGAACUAAAAGGGCAUGAUUGCUAUGGGAAUAAAUGCAAGGCGGAAUCUUCUAGAAACAUAAAAAGAUCAGUUGCAAGCAAGGGUCAUCCGAGGAGAAAAUUUAUUAAAGAGUGCUGGUCUAAAUGUGAGUGCAGUAAGAAUUGUGGAAACCGUGUUGUUCAGCGAGGCAUGACUGUGAAUCUGCAGGUCUAUUGGACACCUGAGGGGAAAGGUUGGGGUCUUCGGACUCUAGAGCACUUGCCAAGAGGAGCUUUUGUGUGUGAGUAUGUUGGGGAAAUUGUAACCGAUGUAGAAUUACAACAGCGAUAUAUGCAAAGUGUGGGUAUUGAGAAGCCUGUGUAUCAUGUUCUACUUGAUGCCGGCUAUGGCUCAGAGGGUGUGCGGAAGGAUGAAGAGUCCCUUUGCUUGGAUGCUACAUAUUAUGGAAAUGUUGCAAGAUUCAUUAAUCACAGAUGUUCUGAUGCUUCAUUGAUUGAGAUCCCGGUUGAAGUGGAGACCCCAGAUCGUAGCUACUAUCAUGUUGCUCUUUUCACAACAAGAAAGGUGAAUGCUAGGGAAGAACUGACAUGGGACUAUGGCAUUGAUUUUGAACACCACAAUCGUUCCAUGAGAGCUUUCCGAUGCUUCUGUGGAAGCUCAUAUUGUCGUAACCCCAAUUGAUCAAGAAGGUUGAUAAAACCAUUAUAGUUCUAGCUUAGCUUAUAACUCUAAUACAAGAUAGGAUUUUAAUAUGAUAAAACUACAACUAUAUUCUGCAGAUCAAUGUGUAGAACCACGCAAAGACACUAUCUAGUAUGUAAAUAUCAGAGAGUUUCUGUUUUGAUUUCUGCAGAUUUAGUGUUUUUGGUGUAUUUCGUGAAAAUUGCUUUACUUAAUAGUUCAGAUGCCUUUGAAAGAUGUGUUUUAUUGCUUGA